AUGUCAAAACCAGUACACAGCAAAAAUGAAAUACCGAGGUCCAACACUGGUUUGACCAUCAAUCCAUCCAAAGCCUAUUCACGCUCAGAAACAAGAGAUAAACUGACAGGACUUACUAUAUUUCACGGAGGACUUUUCAGGCAAAGUCAAGCAAUCAAGAACAGGUUUCCAUCCAGGGCCACAGGUACACCAAGACUCAAUGAGCAUAUGCUCAUUAUCUUUUGUAUGCUUCUAGUGUCUUCCGCCCAGGUCAAACGUUAA